CCUCUUUCGACAAGGUUAAAGGUUAAAAUUGCCGUUCAUUUCUUGCCGUUACAUUUUCGUUCGCUUGUCCGUCUUGAUUAUUGUUGAUUGUCGAUUGCUCUAAUUUAGUAGAGAGCAAAGAGUAGUAGCCAGCAGCAUACAAAACCACCAUGACGACCAAGAAUACCACCCGCAUUGGAGACUCCUUACUGGGAACCUGGACGAGUGAAGUUAAUGUUUCGAGCCAUGACAAGUCGUCGUUGACAGCGUACAUGAUAGUGCAUUUUUUGGCCGAUCCACGAAAGGCCCAUGGUUGCGAAUUACUCGACUGCCAAGAACGCGACAACCAAGUUUGUAUGCUCUCGGCAAUUACCGACUACGGCCACACAAACAUCGCAAAGAAAUGUCAUGAUAUUGCCAAGGAAAAGGAUGUGUCUUGGAGUGAUUUGACGGUGUUUUAUUAUUUUGGAGUCAAGAUUAACUCUCCAUCCAAGCCAAAGGCGCAUAAGGAGCUGUCUACUGGCGCUUGGGUGGGGCCGUUUAAUUUGAUCAUGGCUCAAGAUGCGAAUGAUAAUAACCAGACAAACAACUUGGUGGACAGAUAUGUCGGGCGCUACGUUCAGAGUGAAUCCAUGACGCCCCCAUUUUUGCAGAACAUGGCCCCCGUUCAGAGCACCUUGUACACCAAGCCUGAUCGGUAUCAGGACUUUUUGGGAACUUCGGCAUUGGCGUACACGACACGAGUGCAAGCCAACUUUACGAAUAGCAUUGGCCACGAGAAGGAAGACCCCUAUAGUCCUUAUCGAGAAACCUGUGAUCACGGUAAUAUGCAGCCCAUUUUACCACUUUUGGAGCUGGACUUUCAUAACAACGACAACAACAACGACACGGCAAACGAUCCAAUCCCAACGUUUCGGCUGAAAUACAAAAUCAUGGCGGUUCCAACUCCGGAUGAAGCCGUCUCGAGGAUCUUGAAACCGUUGCAAUCCAAAUUUCAAGGCAACGGUGGAUACAAUAUUAUUGGUGGCCCGUACUGUUAUGGAGAUGAUCCCGAUCGGGCAUAUUCCUUCGAUUUGGAUUUUGGCAGCGGAAACACGACAACCUUGCUCGAAAAGAACAGCAACAACAAGAUGACAUUUGUUCGUGGAUGCAUCGAUGGAUAUCCUUGUCAUCCUCCCGCAGCCAUGGGUGGCGUCCCUCUCGUAAGGCAGACUUGUGACAAUCAUCAUCAUCAUCAUCCGGACAACCCUCCCAAUCACGGUACGGGCAUUCCCAACAUGGUCUUGUCGUUCGUGUGCUAUGGUUUGACCGUGGCACUGCUGAUCUCCAUGACCGUGCAUUGUCACGUGUCACAUCGAGAAAAGCAAGAAAAGAAAAGGAGACGACGCCAGAUGAAGGCAGAGGAGGGGUAUUUGGGGGAUGUCAUUGCCUUGUCGAGCGGCGACGGAGAGGACAUGAUUCCACCCCAGGAUGAUCCCGACCAACCCGUAUACUUUGGUGCCAUGAACCUUUUGAAAGGUGUGGGUAUCACGGCGGGUGCUGCGGAAACAGAUCAUACUGUCAACCAUCAGAAUGAAUCUGUGGGACCAUUUGGCGACCUCGAUGGUAGUGGUGCCGACAGGCCGAGUGUGGAUCCCUUGCAGGAACCCCUGUUGGGAGAAGACGAGCCAAAAGAAGAAGCGGAACCAGCAGCAACAGAGUAAAGAUCGAAUCGAAACGAAUCGUUUUGGGGAGAGUUUCUACUCGGCUGGCAACAAGAUUGCCUGUUUCAAUAAUUUUGCACAUGGAUAGGCUAAAACACAAUUUAGCUUCUUGAUGAAUGAAGGAUACACUGAGAUUCUAGUGU